AUGGAAGAGGUUUGUUCCAUAUGUUUGGAGGUUCUGGUAGACAAAGAGGCCUUCACCGAACCUUGUCUGCAUUACUAUCAUAAUGAGUGCAUAAAAGAGUGGACCAAGAGGGCGAAUACUUGCCCCAAGUGCAGACGAGAUUAUUCUCAGAUAAGGAUAGGUGAGGAAGUGAUCUCUGUUAAAAAUCGCAGUUUAGAGUUGCAUUUGGUGGACGAAACACUAGAGGAGACCAGGGAAAGAUUAAUAAGUUACACGAAUCUCUGUGCUCUAUGCGAAGAUCCUUCAACGUCGUUGAUUUAUUGCGAGUCAUGUGGGGGUUCUUUUCAUUUCAACUGUAUUGGGAUAGGAGAUGAGUUAGAUUCAGAAUGGUGCUGUCCAUUAUGCGGAAUGUUUCAGAAUCAUCUGGGUGAAGCUAGCAACAGGAAUUUGAUAUCUGCAACCCCUGUGGGAGAAGGUAGGAGGAGAGUCACAUCUAUUGUCAAUACCAGACGGACCAAUUCCAUUUAUCGUAGUCAUUCCAACAGGCCGGCUCAACGAGCGCACUUAAUGACCGAUUCAGAUUAUACUAUGAUAGUUGAUCAGCAUAGAGAAAAACUGCUUGAAUCGCAAUUGCAAGAGAGUAAUACCCAAAGCAGUGGCGAAGAGGAAUCUUGGAAGUUGUUAGACGAAGCAUUAAAGUCAGGGACACAGAACUCACAGAGUUCAGAAUUCUCCACUGAAAAUAACGUUGUACCAUUGAAAAACACACAUGAACUUGGAAGAAAGUUAAAAAAGCCUAGAAGGGCGUCAGGGAUAAAGAAGAACGUGGUGGAACGAUCUAGCUCUCAUCAGUCUACACAAAUACUCAAACCAUCCAGCUCCCUUAUCAGCGAUCUUCUUUUGGAGACUAGGGGCAACAGUAGACACCCAAGCUUCACAAAUUCAACUCAAAAAUUGACAGUAGAAGCUCUUCAGUCUCACGAUCCGACACUCAAACUGAAUAUUCCAAAGACUGAGACCCUCUCACUAGACCAAAAGAUAGUCAUCCAGAAACUAUUUAUAAAGCCUAGAUUACGAAAUCUUUAUGACUCCAACACACUCAGCAAGGACAACUACAUCGAGAUAAAUAAGAUAAUAUGUCGCCGGCUUUACGAUAAGUUUCUUCAGGAUCAGUUAGCAUUAGCAUAUUUAAAGCAGGUGCUGGAAGUAAAAGAAAGACUUCAUGGUCAUGACUUGAAACAAUUUUUAGCUCAAUUCACUCAUUGGUCUGAACUAAACGAUUUCACUGAUGACAAGUGGCAAAAACAAGAGACAGAAGGAUCUUGUAAUCACAAACAGACUCAAAUUUUAUCCAUGUUCGAUUCCAUCAUUGAUACAAUGUUACAAAAUGAGCUGCAUAAGCUCUUAACGUAA